UAAAAUGCUGCGCCCGUGUUGCUACUCUGCAUGAGCAGCGUGCCUGGACGCUCUGCACCGAGCUUUGCCUAGGCUUCUUUCUGACGCAUCUUCUUCUUUCUGAUUCUCUGCCUUAACCGCACAUAUGGCGCAGCCUAGUAGCAUGAUUUUCUAGGACUCUCCUUCUUUAGAGGGGGCGCAACUGCACCGCUGGCAAGCUUUGGUGCUGGUGCUAGCGACGUGGAGAACUAUGGCGCUGACGCUGACGUCCCACGGCUUUGGAGUGGAGGGCAGGGGCCUUACCACCGAGCAGCUGGGGAAGCUUGCUCAGUUUAAGCGCGUACUAGCAAGCGCGGGCGAGUUCGACGAGAAGCGCUUUGACGAUCACGACCUUGCCCGCUUCCUGAAAGCCCGCAAUUAUGAUCUCCAAGCGGCCAAGCAGAUGUGGGAGGGCAUGAUAUCAUGGCGCCGGGAGAAUCGUGUUGACAACAUACACGAGUGGUUCGUGUUCCACGAGCGUUCGGAGUAUGAGAAGGUGUUCCCCACAGGGCUUCACAAGACGGACAAGGAGGGCCACCCGGUUUUGAUUCAGCAGCUGGGCCGCGUGAACAUUGGCGCGCUGUACAAGGUCACAACCGACGACCGCAUUCGGAUGGCGCACAUCGCGGAGAACGAGCAAAUGCGGCGCACCGUGUUCCCCGCCUGCUCCUACCGUGCGGGGCGCCCGGUGGACAAACUGUUCACCAUCAUUGACCUGGAGGGCAUCGCUUUCACGAGCGUGAUGCGGACCACGUCGAUUCUGAAGAUGUACAUGCAGAUGGACUCGAACAACUACCCUGAGACACUGGCGCGCAUGGCCAUCAUCAACGCGCCCGGGUGGUUCUCAACCAGCUGGAGCGCUAUUAAGGGCGUGCUGAACGGCGAGACCGUCAAGAAGAUCGAGAUCCUGGGCAAGGAUUACCAGGCAGCGCUGCUGCGCCAUAUCCCGCGGGAGAACCUGCUCACACAGUACGGCGGCACGUCGGCCGGCUCCCUCACCGACAACAUCGGGCCCUGGCAGGAGCCGCUGCCAGUGCCGCGGCCGCUGCUGCCGGAGCCCACGCCCGAGCUUCCCGCCACCCUGAGGGGCGACGACACAGCUAUGCUGGCGGCGGAGGGGGGCGACGAGCUGCGGGCGUUGGGCGGGCGUGUGCUGGACCAGCACGGGCCGCGGGACGUGCAGAUGCGCAACCGCAGCGUGUCGCCGGUGCGGCCGGGUGCCGUCAAGGGCGCCGGCGGCGACCACCUGCACCCCGCACCGGGCAGCCCGCCGCACGCCAAGCGGCCGCACAUGACCAACGACUCGGGGCAGGCAGCGGCGCAGCAGCAAGGCGGCCAGCAGCAGCAGCAGCAGCAGCCACAGCAGCAGCCGCAGCCGCUGAACGGCACGAGCGGCAGCCCCGCCCCCAGCGUGAGCGACACGUCCUCGGACAUGGGCUCGCACAACAUGACGGCGCCGCUGCUUAGCAACUUCCUGCACGCCUCAUCCUCGCCAUUGCAGUCCGCGCCUUCGGGGGGAGGCGCGCCGGGCACGCGCUCGCCGCCUGUGGGUGCCGCUCCGGGGGCGGGCAGCGCCAGCGCCGGCACUACAGGAGGCAGCCUGGUUCGGCGAAGCAGCUCCAGCGGGGGCGGCAUUGUUAGCGGUCUUGUGGCGGGGCUUCAUGCGGCGGCGUCGCACAUCGCUAACUACACGCACGUGCACCACACCUCGGCCACACACGUGCCGCUGCCUGGCGGGCCGUCGGCGGACGCGACGCCCGCAAGCCUCACUAGCCCGGUCGGUCCCGGACAGCAGCAGGUGCGUCCUGGCGCCCUGGCAUCGCCGCUGCACCAGUCGACAGCGACUGCUGUGCCGGCGGCAUGGCGGGCGGGGGCGGGGCACGGGGCGGGUCCCGCGCAGCUGCAGCUGACGCCGCGUGACGACACGGAAACGCUCAUGUCAGCCGCGAGCGCGAUGUACAGCUUGCCCAGCGCGUUGAGUCCCAUCAGCCCGCAGGAUGCCCACGACACGGCGUCAUCGCGUCCCAUGGACAUCUACGUCACGGGUAGCAGCACCAGCGGAGCUGCAGCGGCGGCGGCGGGGCUGCCGUCCGUGCCGCCCUCGGCCGGGCCCACGGGUGGCUCCCGCGGCCCCACCUCCGCGGGCCCCACAGGCGGCAGCACCAGCGGCCACGCCAGCGCGGGCGCCGGCGCCGGCGCGACGGCCGGCCCCAUCGGCAGUGGUGCGCUCAUGGGCACCGCAGCCAGCGCCACUCUCUCCAUGUUUGGUAGCGCGAACCCCGGUAGCGUGGAGCUGAUGCACGGGAUGCAGUCGGGGCCACUGCAGCCGCAGGGCACGGGCGGUGACUAUGACGACGCCGAGUCGGUGCGCAUGAGCGUCAUGAGCCAGCGCUCCUUUUACAGCGCCAUGUCGCACCUGGACGCCUCCAGCAGCAGCGGCAUCACCAGCCCCAACAGCGUGUCGGAGCAGGCACGCCGCUGGUCCGUGCAGCGGGAGCUGCACGCCGCUGCCAUCGCGUCCGCCGUCGCCGCCACAGCGGAGCGCCGCGCGGCGGUCGCGGCGGCGGCCUCCGGAGCUGCCGCGGCGGCGGCGCACACUGGCGGCAGCAGCGCCCUCGCGAGCGCUGCCGCGUCGUUCACUGUCGCGGGGAACAACCGCUUGAGCGGCGGUGCGGGCGCGGGGCUGGGGGGCGUCCCCUACGUCGUGCCGCCGGCGGCGCAGCAGGCGUUUGGCUCCUACCUCGACCAGCCGCCUCCGUACGGCGCGCACGGCGGCCGCGCGGCUAGCAGUGUUGGACCGCACGCGCCAGGCGCGGUGUCGCAGUCGGGUGCCGACGGCGGCGACCACACCGCCGGCGGGCGCGAGGCGGGCGCUGCUGCGCUGGCCUCGGCGCGUGGCACCGGGACAGGGCGCCAGCACGGCGGCGGGCACCACAGCCGCUCUGCCUCGCGCGGCGAGCUCGCCUCGCUAGGCGGGGGUGGCGGCGGAGGCGGCGCCACGGGCGACGUGGUGGUGCACAUAGGCGAUGUAGACGGCGGGCCGCACGGCGGCGGCAUGUCGCGCUCCGGCUCCGCCGCCACGCUCAACACGCCUGACGAGUGCAGCCUGGGGCCGGUGGGCGCAGUCAAGUGGGCGCGCGGCUGGUUCUUCCGCCGGCGGAACUACGGCCGGCUCAUAGACGACGCCCACGGUGACGUCGCGGGAGGGCUGGACAGCCGCAACGGCGCGGGGCCCGGCCACGCGCGCAAGGGCUCGGUGGGUGCGUCCUACGCGCCGAUCGACGGGCCGGGCUGCACCAGCCCCAGCAAGAGUAUGCCGAAGGGCGUGAACGGCGGGAGCGUGCACCACUCGCGCGGCGGCUCGUGGGACGACCAGUCGCUGUACGACCAGACGUUCGGGCGAGGCGUGGGUGUGAGCGGCGGAGGCGGAGGCGGAGUGGGCGUGCAGCGAGACAUGUCGUUCGGGCGUGCGGCGGAGCGGCGGCGGCUGCUGAUCGGCAGUGACCUCAGCUCAGGCGCGCGGCGGCGUGGCGUGCUGGCGAGCAUGGAGGAGUGCUGCGCGUGCAUGCCGCGCUGCACCAUCAUGUGAUGCGGCGCCGGGUGUGACAUUUAAUGCGGCGCCGGGCGUGAUCAUGCAAUGUUACUACGUGUCCUAACUAGGCAUGGGUAUGCGGGGCGUGUGGGGAUGGGGCGUGGUCGAAGUCCCGGAGCGCGUGUGUCGCACUGCCAAGUGGUUGGGAUAAGUCGGAUAUGUAGUGAAUGCGCGUGCUCCGAUCAGGAGCGUUGCUACAGCCCUGGCUGACUACCAGGUGUGAAUAUAAGGGGACGAUGUCGAAGGGGGCUACACUGUGAGAGCCCGAGUGAGCGAAGAACGACUAUGUGUGCAGGCGUGAUCGGAACAACCCAUUUUGUGUUUGUGCUUUGAGAUACCGUUGUAGAAGCCUGGGCACUGUGUCGCCUGUAGUGAAUGCUACCAACUAGUGGACUGCUCCCCAAUAAUGAACCGCAUGCGGUGGGGCCGGGUUCCAUCGGCCGUUGCCUCUCUGCUGUCCCUGAGCUAGCUUGAGGUUUCGGAUGGCCAGUGGCGGGUGAUGAGGUGUGGUGUAGGCGUUUGUGCGCAGCUGGAGGUAGGAGGGGCGGCGGGGGCGUGAACGGUGAACCCUAUUUUGCCGUCGAGAUACGGUAUGUCUCUCGACGAGGGGAGGCCGAUAGCCCCCUUACACCCCGCUAACUGACACCAAGUGUCGCAAACGCACUGGGCGAAGGCGGUCCCGUGUGGCCGCUCCGUGCGGGUGGGGCGCGGCGCCUGGACUGCGGGGGAAGCCCGAGGGCCCCGCUAACCCCGAGACCAGGAGAACCUGAAAAGGCCGCGGAUGCUGUAGCUAGAUAACACUACGUGAUCUGCUAACAGACACCACCGUUGGUGGGUUAUUGGUGGGUUGUCUAUAUGGUAAGCCGUCUGGCGCUAUUGAUGGGUGACCUGAGGUUGCGAUACAGGAACACACGUGCGCUGCCAACGGAACUUGGCGGAGGUCUGCUACUAGCCUACUACAGCAUUGUG